UGUGUUUCAGCCCUGCCACGUCGACUCAACAAAAGCUAGAUGCUUUUAGGCCACUGGAGGGAAAGCAAAAGGAAAAAUUGCAACAUGGCUGUAAUGUAUUACAUUGCUUCUUGUAUGCGACCACUAAAUACUGUGGACAAGCCAGGAUUUCGCGUUAUGAUGCGUGUGCUGAACCCUCGCUAUCAGCCCCCUUCACGACGAACUCUGACUGCUACAUACCUACCCAAAAUGUAUGAAGAAACUAAAGGCGUUGUGAAAGGCCUCCUGAGUGCAGCACACUUUAAGGCGUUCACUACGGAUGGGUGGACGUCUGAAGCUAGGGAUAGUUAUUUGUCGCUGACUGCCCACUUCCUGGACCAGGAAUGGGUACUAGUGGAAGUAACACUGGGAUGUAGAUUGUUGAAAGAAGACCACGCGGGGGAGUACCUUGGCGAUGUACUAAAAGAAAUGUUGGCCGAGUGGGAAGUGCCAAUAGGGAGCAUUGCGGCUUUUACCACUGAUAAUGGCGAUAAUAUGCGGGUUGCUGUCGAAGCUCUACCAGCGCCUCACGUGCGAUGCUUUGCCCAUACUGUCAACAAUGGCAUAAAUGCUUUCAUGUCUACAUGCAAAAAGCUACAAAGUGCAUUGAAGGAUGUGCAUGAAGUGCGCAACUGGCUUAACUCAGACAAGGUCUGGCGCCACUAUGAAGAGAGUACCAAGAAGCGUUUCAACGUGACCCCUACAAAAAUACCAUCGCCGUGCAAGACGCGUUGGUGGGUCGACCUUCAGUUGGCGGAGGCGGUUGUUAAGCACUACAGUUGGCGUUUGGAUUUUGUUCCCAGAUAUGCAAGAGGGAAAUAUUUAAAUAAUCCCGUCACGGGACUGCAUGGGCGUGCUAAAAGUGUACAUCAAGGGCAUGAAGCCGAUAGAGAAGGUUUCCACUGUGCUUGGGGCAGAAACCUACCCGACGAGCAGCUUCAUUUUGCCUAUGAUGAACAGGACGAUGACGACGACGACGAUGACGAUAUCCCUCUAGCCCAGGAUCCCGAACUUAUCCCUACGAACAUGCAGGGUACCGUAGUUCAGUUUCUCAAGAAACGGUUCAAGCCUGACCCCUUGGCUUCAGCUCGAGACGUCGACUACGUGUCAGCGCGCGCUUGUAACGGAGUUUUGGCUCGAUGCUCAUUUCUGGACCCUCGUUUUCGAGAAGAGAUACUGGAGGAAGAUAGAGCUCAUGCAAAAUUGCUGCUCUUGGCUGAGCUGAAGGAAAUGCCACUUCCGGAGCAGCAGCCGAACCCUUCCGACUCGUCCGAGUCAGAAUUAGAGAAGACCCCCAAAGCCGUAAAGGCUUUAUCGAAUAUUUCCAAGAAAAGGAAGAUUGCUGCUGCCGCUGAGUCUAGUUCUGGUGGUGGAGGUGGAGAUAGCGGUUCAAUUUCAAUUGAGGACAAAUUUUUGCAGGAAGUGGAUCGUUAUUCGCUUAUGUCUCCACUACCGGUUGAGUCAGACCCAUUUAAGUGGUGGAAAGAUCAUCAAAGUCAGUUCCCACUACUUGUCAGGCUUGCAAGAAAAUACCUGAUUAUAACAGCGUCCAGUGUGCCGUCUGAAAGAGUGUUUAGUACUUCUGGUGAUGUCAUAAUUGAUACUAGGUGCUCACUGUCAGGAAACAAUGCAGAAAAGUUAAUAUUUUGUGCCAAAAAUCAAAAGUACAUGCCCGUCCCAAGUUAGUCUGCUAUAUGUUCUCUGCAGGGGCGUAUGCCGGCGUAUGUCAUGUAUUAUAAAAGAUUAAAAAUACAUCUUGAAAUUACGUUGCUUUUGU